AUGUCUCAGUUCAAAAAGAGUUUCAGCAUUGACGCGUUGUUGUCGAACAAACUGAACGAAGCAAGCACUACUGCGAGAACAAGCACAUUCUCAUCCACUCCUAUAUAUCAUAAUUUUCACAAUAUCAACAACAACAACAACAACAUCAACAACUACAAAGAUAAGAACAUCGCCAAUAGCAGCAGCAGCAACAACAACAAUAACAAGAUAUUAACACUUUCAUCGUUUGAAAAUAACCCUCAUCUCCCUGCCAACAACGACAAAAUAAAAACCAUCAGCACUGACAACAACAACAAACCUCACAUCAUUAACAACAACAGCAACGAAAACGUUUACUACAACAGCAGCUGCAACAGCGGCCACAACAACGACAAUAAUAACUUCAGCAGCGCCAACCCCAAAAUCGAUAGUUCUGCUUCAACCGAUGACAACGGUAACAACAAAAACAACAUCAUCAGUAACAACAACAACAACAACUACGACACCAAUAAAAACAACGACAACAUGCAUUGCAACAAAACAUCUCCGUCACCACUACUACUACCACCACAGCAACUCUCACAUCCAAACGCAGCCUACAGGUUUGCUUGGAACUUGAAACACGAAAAUGAUGACGAGGAUGAGAACGUAAUGAUGAGUGAUGAUGAUGAAGAGGAGGAAGAAGAUGAUGAUGCUGCCGAUGAUUACGAUAGCCAGAUUGAUGGUGAGAUAUGUAGACAACGAUCGAAAUCUGAAUCAUCAGUUAGCAGCAGAAGUUCAAGUGGUUGCCGCAACAACAGCCACUACAACAACGACAACAGUUACAAAAAUAUCAACAGCAACAUCAACGACAGCAACUACUUGUACGACAACAACUCAGAGAACAACAAAUCGAACAACAACGGCAGCAACAAAGAUGACGACGAAGAUGAUGAUGGUGACCGAGAUGGGGGCUGCCUCAGUAAGAAGUACUCCAGUAGCAUGAGUGACGAGGAGAUGAAAAAGACCUCCAUGGAACUCUUCAGAAGAUUCAACGUGUCCAAAGUGUUUGGCGGCAACGGUGUCCUUCCGACUUCAGCUUAUUGCUUCUUAUCAGCGGCCACUGCAAAUGCAUUCCACGCACCGACAGGCACCAACUCCCUCACCUACCAUUACGACCAGCAGCAGCAGCAACAGCAGCCACACAGCAAGGACAAACAUCUGAAGAUGCUAGACCACAAGAUGAACAUCUUCCAUCCAUCCACAAGACAUCCACACGCAUCCAACAUGCCUUUCACCUCACUUCUUCCUCCACAGCAUCAACAACAUAGAACAAACAGCAACAACAUAGAACAAACAGCUGAUGCACGUUUCCUUCCCCCUGCUCACCAUCACCACCCUCAUCAUCUGCACAACCUUCAAUUUGAUUGGUUGGCCAGGGCUGGAGUCUUCAUACCCAGACUUGUUGAUUAUAAUGACAUAUACGACAACAUAUAG